AUGGCAAAGGCAUUAAAUGAAAUGUGGCCUGAGACAUGGCAUGGGCUGUGUACUUGGCACAUAAUGCAAAAUGGCAUUAAGCAUUUGGGUAAUUUGAUGAAGGGUGGCUCACACUUUCUCCAAGAUUUGAAAAAGUGUAUAUUUGAAUAUGAGAAAAUACAGUUUGAGGAUGCAUGGCUGAAAUUAUUGAGUGAUUAUGGAGUGGAUAAUAAUUCAUGGUUGAAUCAUAUAUAUGAAUUAAAAUAUAAAUGGGCUAGGUGCUAUAUGAAAAAUACCUUCACAUUAGGUAUGCGGAGUACACAGCUUAGUGAGAGUUUGAACAGUGACAUGAAGGAUUAUUUAAAAUCCACUUUGGACAUUGUGCAAUUUUUUAAGCACUUUGAAAGGGUUGUGAAUGAUAAGCGAGCUAAUGAGUUAAAAGCUGAGUUUGAUUCAAGAAACAAGCUUCCAAGAAACUUGUUCCCGAUGUCACCUAUUAUCAAACAAGCUGGGGAAACAUUUGGCAUUCUUUGUUGCCAUGCUUUGAAAGUAUUGGAUGGGCUAGAUAUCAAGUUUAUUCCUGCAACUUAUAUUUUGAGGAGAUGGAUACGGGCCGCAAGAAGCAUGGUAGUGGUAGACAAUGAGGACAAACAGCUUGAUAGCAUCAAUGCAUCUGAUGGCUCAAAAGUGGUUGCCUCUGAUGAGGUCCCAAAUGUAAUGUCUGUAAUAGGACUGAAGAAGAAAGAAAAGUGUAAAGGUGGUAAAAGGAUGAAGGGUUGGAGAGAAAAAGCAGGAAAAAAAAAGAGAAAUAAAGAGACAACAAAUACUAAAGAAAAGAGAAGUAAAGAGACAACAAGCACUGAAGAUUCACAAGGCAAUCAUUUAGUUCCUGCACCCACUAGUGGUGCAUUUACAAUGUCUGAUGGUCCAAAUUACUCUCAACAAAUGGAUGAGAACAUUAGCUUCACUUCAUUGUUAACGGAAAACUUUGAUCAUGAUCUUUCCUUAGCAUUAUCCUCUCAAGCAUCAACAAGACAUGUUCACUAUUUCUAA